AUGGCACGCUUUGCAUUUGCGCUGCCGCUUGCGGCACUGCUGUUUACGGCCUCGGUCUACUCCCAGCAAUGCGGCUGCAUGGGCCUCGACUACACCGACGGGGGCUCGUAUCUGAUUGACGGCAGCUCGCAGCUGAACUUCACCUUCCAUUCCUCGUUUGAGGGCUGCCAGGACGGCUUUGUCACGCCCGUCCUCAUCGAUCCCAAUGGCAUCCAGUAUGCCUGCGAUGACAUUGAGUCGCAGCCCGACGACAGCCAGCAGGCGUCUCAGUGGUGCGUCCGUCGUCUACAUUCCAUGUGCUUCGCCGUUGCUAACACGUUCAGCAACCUCACGUACGACCAGAUGGUGACAGGCCAGUACACCAUCAUCCUGCAGUCGACCGACAUUGAGUUUGCCUCGCAGCGGCAGUUCCAGAUCACGGUUGGCAACCAAGGCCUUGUCGUGGUGACUGUCACGCCCACAGAGACGGUUGGCGUUACUGUGACGCCUACAGCGAUCACCCAAAUCAACGAGGUCGUUGAGACACAGACCGUCAUCGGCUACCCCGACACCGUCACCUCCGACUGUGACGCGCCCACGCAGACCAUUAUCAGCUACAUUCCUGGUCCCACGUCCGUCAUUGACACCGUCAUCCAGCGAUGGUUCACUGCCGGUAUCGUCACAAAUUACUACCAGACCACCGUCGAGGUCGACGCAUAUUGCCACUGGCCCGCAACCUGGCGCUCGCCCACCGUGGAUCGUCCGCCGCCGCCCACGUCGCGGCCCACCAACUGCGACGGUUGCCGGCCCUGGUACACAAGCAGCAGCUGGGUCUACACGCGGCCGAGCAGAACGCCGACGCGGCCCCACACGAUCCCGCCCAAGUCGACGACGUCACGCCACCGCAACCCGCCGCCUCCGUCGUCAACUUGGCACAACGACCCCCCUCCAUCAUCCACGCGUCACAACGAUCCUCCGCCGUCAUCGACACGCCAUAAUGACCCACCUCCAUCGUCAACGCGACACAACGAUCCACCGCCAUCAUCUACUCGGCAUAAUGACCCACCUCCGUCGUCAACACGCCACAACGACCCGCCUCCGUCAUCAACCCGGCACAAUGAUCCUCCUCCUUCAUCAACUCGCCAUAAUGACCCGCCGCCGUCGUCGACACGCCACAACGAUCCUCCUCCGUCUUCGACUAGACACAAUGACCCCCCUCCAUCGUCAUCCCGGCACAAUGACCCGCCACCAUCGUCAACGCGGCACAACGACCCUCCACCGUCCUCGACACGCCACAACGAUCCUCCGCCGUCGUCUACCCACAGGCCCGACCCGCCCCACACGAACCCGACCACCCGCCAGCCAGAGCCCCCUCGAUCAACCUCGCAGCCAGGCAAUGGAGGCAACAAUGGAGGAGGCAGGGGCGGCGGCAAUAACGGAGGAGGCAACAAUGGAGGCAACAAUGGAGGUGGAAACAACGGAGGGAACAACGGGGGUAAUAGGGGCGGUGAGAAUGGCGGCGGCCAUAAUGGCGGUAACGAAGGCGGGAACAACGGUGGAAACAAUGGGGGAAACAGGGGUGGAGGAGGUGGCGGGAACAACGGAGGCAACAACGGGGGGAACAACGGCGGAAACAAUGGAGGGAACAGGGGCGGAGGCGGUGGCGGGAAUAGCGGAGGCAACAACGGAGGGAAUAAUGGCGGUAACAGGGGAGGCGGCAACGGAGGCAAUAACGGAGGGAACAACGGAGGGAACAACGGAGGGAACAACGGUGGAAACAAUGGAGGGAACAGGGGCGGAGGUGGUGGCGGGAAUAACGGAGGGAACAACGGAGGGAACAACGGUGGAAACAACGGUGGAAACAAUGGAGGGAACAGGGGCGGAGGAGGUGGAGGGCAUAAUGGACGCGGUGAAGGCGGCAAUAACGGCGGCAACAGAGGAGGUGGCGGCGGCGGCGGCGGCGGCAACAACGGCGGUAACAGAGGAGGCGGCGGAGGCGGAAACAACGGCGGUGGUAACAAUGGCGGUGGACGGGGUGGCGGCGGCGGUCACAGGCCGGAUGCCACCGAGGGCGUCGACGGCGUGCCCCAAACCACACCGGCGCCCGCUCUGGCUCGGCGCACCCUUCUCAAGAUCCAGGAUGUGACGAGCACUGUCGUCGAGACGACGUACACGGCCACCGUCACCGUCACGUCCACGGCCGAGACGCCCACGAGCACCGAGGACAACUUCUACACCGUCACGAGCACCUUUGAGCCGCCGGCAGAAACGGUCUGCGACGACGACGGCGUGCCCACGGUCACAUACUUUUACCAGGGCCCUGCGCAGACGCAGUACCAUGUGCACUACGAGACUUACAACACAUGGGCCACGAUCUGGGUCGGGCAGACGCAGACCUACACGUACACGGACCGCGACGCCAUGACGCAGUGCUGGCAGGGUGGCGGACGAUACGGCGUGUAG